AUGACAUUAAUUCAACUUCUUGUAAUUCAUAGAAACGAAUUUGUAGCAGCAUUGGGAGUUGCUUCCUCUGCCUUCAUGAUAAUACUCUGCAUGAGCUGGAGCUCGCCGGCUCUUCCUAAACUGCAAGCAUGGGACUCCCCCAUCCCGAUCACAGCCGACGAAGGAUCGUGGCUUGUGUCGACGCUUUCGAUUGGGCUGAUGUUGGGCCCACUGAUCACAGCUGUUGCUGCUGAUCGUAUCGGCCGAAAGCGAACCCUGCUGUGUUCGGCCGUUCCCAUUGCGGUAGGAUGGUUGUUCAUGGCCUUUGGCAAUUCCGUAGGAUUCCUGUAUACGGCCCGGUUCCUGUUUGGUCUGUCGGUCGGAACAUCGUUCGCCGUCAGUCCAAUGUAUUUGGGCGAGAUCUGCUCGCAAACCAUCCGUGGAUCUGCGGUCUCGCUGACUGGUUUUGUGGGAAAGUUGGCGUUCAUCGUGAUGUAUGGCAUUGGUCCAAUGGUUGAUUUCAGAACUCUGGCGUGGAUUGGUAUGAGCGGACCAGUCGUAUUUACUCUGUUCUUCAUGUGGUUACCUGAGUCACCAUACUAUUUGCUGAGCAAAGGGAAAGAUGCGGAAGCUGAAAAAAGCUUGAGUUGGCUCCGACGCAGCAGUUGUGUAACCAAAGAACUAGCCGCAAUGAAAGUGUUCCUUCAACAGUCGAAAGAUUACCAAGGUUCGUUCAAGCAACUGUUCGCCCGUCAAUACCGCAAAAACCUUCGAAUCAUCGGUAUUUUGCUAUUUUGCACAACGUGUACCGGUGUAACCAUGAUACUAGCCUACGCUCAAACGAUUUUUAUGAAAAUUUCCAGCGAUCUUGAUCCCGAAGAGAUGUCCCUAGUUCUUGGAAUCAUCCAAGCUCUAGCCACUGGGAUCGCCGUCCUGCUUAUUGAUCGCGUCGGUCGCCGACCGUUGGUGCUGUUCUCAUUAGUUGGAAUCACUCUAGGACUUGUGCUGACAAGUGCCUAUUUUGCGACCGCCUCAGAAAACAGCUCGCCCGCCUUGGGUUGGAUGGUGUUCAUAGCGUUGCUUCUGACUGUGAUAUCGUUCGAUGUGGGUUUGUUCGUGAUUCCCUCCAUAUACCAUGCAGAAGUACUGCCUAAACCAAUUCGAGCGUACGCCAACGCCGCCAGCACUAUUGGACACGGUGCAAUACAGUUUGUGAAUUUAAAGCUGUUCCAGGUUUUGACGGAUAGUGCUGGAGCCUAUGUGCCUUUCGCGCUGUACAGUAUGGCUGGAGUUGUUGGCGGUGUUUUGUCGUAUGUGUACAUCCCGGAAACUAAAGGACAAUCUUUGGAAGAAAUUGAACGAAUGGUUGCUGAGGGUCGAGUAAAAUCAGUUAAGCCAGUCAGUGAUGACAAACUGUUUCAAGACAAAAUAAACAAAUUUGCGCUGUGAUGAAAUUUGAAUUCGUUUGAUAAUGUGCAAAAAAUGAGUGAUGACUGUUUUGACUGAACGAUACUUUUAUCAUGCAGAACAAGAUUUGAUCUGUAUUGAAGAAACAUCUGCCGAAUAAUAUAAUCAAUUAAACGUUCGACCGAAGCGACCUAGUUAUUGAGGGACAAGGUUGAGGCUACACUAUCUUUAUCAAACCACACUGUGUCGACAUGUGAUAAGAUUCGGAAGAGGCUUGUACAUAUUUUCAUUUAAAAUGCUUUG